AUGGUCAUUUAUUUUCUAGCUGUCGCGGUCCACCUUCUGGCGGCCAGUGCCGCGACAGUCACUUAUAACUGGAACAUCACCUGGGUCACGGCAAAUCCAGAUGGCCAGCAAGACCGGCCGGUGAUCGGCAUCAACGGUCAGUGGCCAUUGCCAGUUCUCAAUUUCACCAAGGGUGACCGAGUCAUCGCGCACGUCCACAAUGCCCUGGGAAACGAAAGCACCAGUCUACAUUGGCAUGGAUUUUUCCAGAACGGCACCAACCACAUGGACGGACCACCGGCGACUACGCAAUGCGAGAUAUCCCCGGGGACUACUUUUACUUACGACUUUACGGUUGAUCAAACUGGAACUUAUUGGUACCAUUCGCAUACCCGGGGCCAGUACCCUGACGGGUUGAGGCAAAUCCUGACAAUCCAGGAUCCCGAAGAUCCUUAUACUGGCCAUUACGAUGAGGAGCGCGUUCUCACUUUAUCGGAUUGGUAUUAUGACCAGAUGCCAUCUCUCUUGCAGGGGUUUAUCAACGUCCUCAAUCCCACUGGGGCCGAGCCGGUACCAAAUGCUGCGCUAAUGAACGACACGCAGAAUCUUACGAUUCCCGUUGAGCCCGGGAAAACAUAUUUGUUCCGUGUGGCAAACGUUGGUGCUUUUGCGAGCCAAUACUUUUGGAUUGAGGGCCAUUCCAUGAAGAUUGUCGAAGUCGACGGUGUCUGGACUAAGCCGGCUGAGGCGGACAUGAUCUAUGUUGCCAGUGCGCAGCGGUAUAGUUUUUUGGUGACCAUGAAAAAUGAUACCAGCAAGAAUUAUCCCAUUGUCGGGAGCAUGGACACAGAUCUCUUCGACAAAAUUCCUCCAACGCUGAACUUUAAUGUCACCAGCUGGCUGGUCUAUGACGACUCAGCGCAGAAACCUGAUCCGAGCCAGAUAGACGAGUUUCAGCCUUUCGACGAUUUCACGCUAGUUCCCGUCGAUGGCAUCGAGCAGUAUGAGGCGGCAGACCAUACCAUCACCCUUGACGUGAAAAUGGAUAACCUCGGCAACGGAGCCAACUAUGCCUUUUUCAAUGACAUAUCCUAUGUCAUGCCCAAAGUCCCGACUCUCUACUCGGUGUUGACAACUGGCUCUGCUGCCACGAAUCCGGUAGUUUAUGGCACCGACACCAACCCGUUUGUCCUCCAAAAGGAUGAGAUAGUGGAUAUUAUCUUGAAUAAUGACGAUACUGGCAAACACCCUUUCCACCUGCACGGACACAAUUUUCAAGUGCUUGCUCGCCCGUCCGAUGACUCUGGCCACUACGACCCCAAUAACCACACCAGCUUUCCUGCAGUGCCCAUGCGCCGCGACACCCUAAUUGUCUACCCUUCGAGUAACUUUAUAAUUCGGUUCAAAGCAAACAACCCAGGAGUUUGGCUCUUCCACUGCCACAUCGAGUGGCACAUGGAUUCGGGACUAACCGCAACGAUGGUCGAGGCUCCGCUUGAGCUCCAGAAGACUCUUUCCAUCCCCAAGGAUCACCUCGAGGCUUGCGAUGCUAGUGGCACCCUCAGGGCUGGUAAUGCUGCGGGGAAUACUAAAAACUUCGAGGACUUGACCGGGGCCAAUCGUAUGGUGUCUCCAUUGCCAGAGGGUUUCACAGGCCGAGGUAUUGUGGCCUUGGUGUUUAGUUGUAUUGCAGCGGUCUUGGGACUGGCAUCUAUCAUCUGGUAUGGUCUGGCUCCGAUCACCCAGACACCGGCUCAAAGUUGA